CUCUGAAAGGUUGCUCCUCAAGCGGCUCCUGCAGCGGUGUUGAUAAGGCAUCGGCUUUAAACCGGCGCACCUCGAUGUUAAUCCGCCGAACGAGCGGGGCUGGGGACUGACUGAACGACUGGGUGUCUUCACGUUUCCUCCGACAUGGGUUGGCUUUAGUUUGGAGUUAAUAGUCGAGAGGCGUCGCUGAUCGACGAGGCAAAGUAAGUUCCUCUCCCUGCCGCUCUGCCAUCAUAACCGCGCUUUUAUUUCUCCUGGAAGCCGCUGACAACUCGCUGGAUUUAAAAUGAGGAAGUUUGCGAAGUUUUGGAUAACGUUUGCGUGUUUACUCACUCUACUCGUGAUCUACAUUCAGAUGGAUUCUACACCUGUGAACAGUAUAGUGAGGGAGCUGUUAUCACUCCGUGCUGAGGAUAAGACUGCUAAUGUUUCUGAGAAGGUCGACAAACCCAGUGAUGAAGUGAUCUUUUGGAAAAUCCAUGAAAGCAAAAGAAAGGAGGACUUGUGGAAAUGGGAGAGCAAAGGUUCUGCCACCGGAGCUGUCUUGAGUACCAGAGCAGUAACUGGCGCGGAGAAACACACCACCACACCAUGCUACUUUGGAGACUGGUACCCCACAGACCAAACCUAUCUCACAUCAAAAUGUCCUGUGACUGCAAGAGAUCGACUGGCAAAUACGUCGGAGUUCAAAAAUAUUUUCUUGGGAACAGUACCUAUCCUUCAGUGGAGUAAGCAUGUGACGGAGCAGGCCUACCAGAGGCUGAGGAGAUACAACGGGGCUCAUGGGUGGAGUGUUUUAAGUUACGAAGACCUGAAGGACACUCUGAGUUACCUCAACACCUCUGCCAAUGCUGUCCUCUUUGAUGACUGGGAGAAAAGGCCGAACAAGAAGUCGAACUGUAUUCGCUGCGCGGUGAUCGGGAACGGGGGAAUUCUGAACGGUUCUCAGAAGGGCAAGGAAAUCGACGGACAUGACUAUGUAUUCAGGGUGAAUGGCGCCAUUAUUAAAGGAUUUGAACAAGAUGUGGGAUCUAGGACCUCCUUUUAUACAUUUUCCACAAAUACAAUGAAGAAUUCUUUAUAUGCGUAUCACAGUUUAGGAUACACUGGUUUGCCGGAUACUGAGGAGACGAGAUACAUUUUUCUCCCAGAUCACGAUCGAGAUUAUUAUCUGGCCAAAGCUGCGGUUACAAACACAGCCGUAUCAAAGGGGAGAGACAAAUCCAAAAGCCCGCCUACUUAUUUCGGCAAAAACGGGAGGGCGGAAAAAUUCAAGAUGUAUCAUCCAGACUUCAUCCGAUACGUCCGAAACAGGUUUUUAAGGGCAAAUAUUUUGAAAUCACGUCACCGAAACAUCUAUCGCCCAACCACGGGAGGGGCAAUGCUGAUGGCUGCCAUCCAUUCGUGUGACGAGGUCUCUGCCUACGGCUUUAUGACAGAAGAUUACGCAAAUUAUUCGGAUCAUUACUAUGACCGGACCUACCACAGGGUGGUAUUCUAUUCAAAUCAUGACAUGAAAUUGGAAAUGCGGUUGUGGAAGAAGCUGAAUGAACUGGGAGUAAUUAAACUCUACACCAAAGACACCAGUGAGAACAAGACUAGGAGAUGAUAGCACCUGAAAUACGGUUGUAUUGAAGAAUAUAAUUCACUCUGGGACUUUAAUUUGGAAGAAUAUCAUUAACUUCUGGGGUCGUUUCAACACUGAGAAACUGAAACUGAUUUUAUACUGACUUGAUGCAAAUCUGUUUAUUGAUCAGCUUUCUCCUCUGACAUAUGAUUAUGGUGAUUCUUAUUCUAAUUUUUUUCAUUGCUGCUAUAAGAAAGGGGAAAACUGAUGGGGUGAGGGACUGUGCACUACUGAAGGUUAGUAAAUCCAGGGAAUUAAUCUUUUACUGUGGAGUACAUACUGUGUAAAUGGAACUGAAAGAAUUAUGUUUACAUUGUUCCAUGUAUGUUUGUUUAGCUGUUUGAUUUUAUUUUUUCCAAAGGCUUGACUUUGUCACUCUUACUACUUUCAAAUAAUUUUCUAAAUUGACCAGUCAGUCACCAUAUGCGUUGGGCGGUUUACCCAAGUUAGCAUCCAAUCUCUCGUUGUACUAGCGUGGAAAUUCAGGCACAAUUGCUAAGAAAAUUGUUUGGAGCUGGCUUCCAAAGAGAGACUGGUCCACUGAUUGAUGGUUGCGUGUCUGGGGAAAUUAGUAACUUUGGUUUAAGGCACAAUGCAUUGCACCUACCGGCUGGAAGUGUGAUGUUUACAUUGACUUGAAAUCCUUGUAGAAACCAAAGAAUAAAACCUUAAAGUUCAAAGUUCAAUGUAUAUAUUUUUAAUCAGUGUUCGCAUGUCACCAUGUGCUACCCUGAGAUUCAUUUUUUCUUGCAGGCAUUCACAGUAGAACAAAGAAAUACAAUAGAAUCAAUGAAAAACAAAGUUAGCAAAGACACACAAAGACUGACAACCAAUGUGCAAAAGAAGAUAAUCUGUGCAAAAACAAAAAAAAGAGAUAAUAAUUAAAAAUAAAUAAAUAAAUAAUACUGAGAACAUAAGUUGUAAAGCCAAUGAAGGUGAGUCCGGAGGUUAUGUUCAGUGAUCAUUUCAGUGCUGAGGUGAGUGAAGUUAUCCACACUGGUUCAGAAAUUUGAUGGUUAUAGGGUAGAAGUUGUUCCCAAACCUGGUGGUGUGGUAUCUAAGGCUCCUGUACCUACUUCCCAAUGGCAGCAACGAGAAGGGAGCAUGACCUGGAUCGUGGGUGUCCUUGAUGUACUGUUCUCAAAGGAAGAAUACUUGGUACUGUCUUUAGCUUGUGUCUAAACUUUGGCUGCUGGCAGCCAAAAUGUACACUAAAUUAAGGAAUUUCUUUGAUCAACUCAUCAUCUUCCAUUCUAGGGAUAAUGCUGGUUUUGAGCAGAAUGCUAGCCCAAUGUUGCUCGUGGAGACUUGUAGUAACUGUGAAGUGCGCCCUCUGCUGUUAGAGUGGCACACUGCAAUAUUGGAUAGGUUAAGAUUCGAAGAGUGAAUGGCGAAAGGCAGGACAUCCUGUGGUUUGUCUUUUGAAGUUGUUGAGGUUGGAUAAAUUCUUGUGCAAUUGGCGCAUGUUGCAGUGUAAUGGUACAUACAGGUAUAUAAAAUUGUAAGAGGCCUAGAUAGGGUUGAUAAUCAGAAUAUUGGGUCCCGUGUUCUGGAUCAGAAUACCAUCUUGUCAAAUAUCUUCCUAAAGUCUAUCAUCAUCAUUACCCCACAGUACUUCACUACUUUUUAAAUAUCUGUUUCUGCUCUACUUAUUUAGUUUACUAUUUAAAUAUUUAUAUAUAUUAAAUAGUUAAAUUAAAUGAGUAGCUAAUUUAACUAUGAAUAAAAUGUAUAUACUGUAAUUCAGUUAUUUUCUAUAUUAUCAUGUAUUGCAUUCUACUGCUGCUAUAAAGUCAACAAGUUCCAUGAUAUAUGCUGAUUAUAAAACCU